AGAUUGCACACACAAUCGCAAGCAUGAGCUUUCUCUUGGCCGACGCCUUGCUAGAAGUAAAAGUAUGGGACUUGGUUCCUCUUCAACUACAGCUAAACCGACCGGCAAUACUUCUCCACCUGAACAAUUAUAUGGCUUUGAACUCUCUUCGUUUGUUCCUUCCAGCCGUGCAGGAGUGAUGGAGUCACGACA